AUCCAAAGCGGUGUUGUCGAUAGCAAAAAUUUGUUUAUGAAAUGUCAUUUUGAACCUAUUUUGUUGCGCUUUUUUUUUUUUUUCUUUCUUUUUUUUCUUUUUUUUGUGUGUGUGCAGUGUUUUUCUAGUGUUUAUAAAUGUGUUUAUGCUAUUAAUCUUGUAAGCAUACUAUAAGUUACAAAUAUAUACACAGGGUAUUUUGUUUGCGACCGCUAAUACAGUGCACUGGUAUGCAUCAUUGGAAACUGAAUUAAUUGUAGUUAUGAGAGGUUGAAAGACUAAAUUCUUUUUUUAGUGUUCAGUAAUUGGAAAAAAAAAAAAACUGAAGAUGUUAACCAAUAUCACCAAACGUUUGCUAAGAACACUUUGCAAGUUCAGUACGACCUUCAUAAAUAGCCGAUAUUUAUGUGUAGUAUUCAAUGAAACUGUGCCUAGCAUUCCGUAUUAUUUCUCUGGUUCAGAUUCUGAUGCUGUAUUAUUAGUUAAUGAGAGCUUCAAAGUUUAUGAAAAUUUUGUUUCUGAGGCUGAAGGUAGAGCUUUGAAAGAAAUUGAACCUACAUUUCGAAGACGUCGCUAUGAGUUUGAUCAUUGGGAUGGUGCUAUUCAAGGGUAUAAGGAAACAGAAAAAAGUGAAUGGAAUAAGGGAAAUGAAAUUAUUCUUCAAAGAUUACGAAACCUUGCAUUUCCCUUGCAUUGUGCCCAGAUCAGAGAAGUGCAUGUUUUGGAUCUUGCAAAAAAUGGCUUCAUUAAACCUCAUAUUGAUAGCGUAAGAUUUUGUGGAGAUACUAUUGCUGGAAUUUCUUUACUUUCAUCUGCAGUCAUGAGGCUUGUUAUGGGAAAAAAUAAAAGUGUAUUUGUGGAUGCUUUGCUUCCAAGACGAUCCUUAUACAUCAUGAAGGGAGCUGCAAGAUAUGAAUUCACUCAUGAAAUCUUAGCCAACGAAGUUUCCGUUUUUAAAGAUGAGAAAAUUCUUCGUGAUAGAAGAAUUUCUAUAAUAUGUAGGAGUAAACCAAGUGAAAGUCAUGAUAAUAAAUAGUUUUGAAAAUGUAUUUUGUUAAAUAUUUCGUUUUAUUUAUUUGUUACAUUGUAAAUAAAAAUAAAUUUAAAAUCUUUUAA